GCGCGCUCAUGGCCUAAACUGGCAGAGACUCCAGGUUUGUGUAAAAAUCAUCAGGACAGUUGGAUCAUUUGGGGCUUGUGCUGAGGGACACGGAGAUGUUCGGUUUUGGUACCGGUGUGGUAAACUCACAGAAGAGCCCCGCAGCGAGGCCAAGGUCCUGGCAGAAUGUGCCACUAACUCCAGGAAGAAUCCCCAGCUUCAUAAUCCCUCCAAAACUGCCCCUCAGCGUUUCUCCUCGCAUCCGUCCAGCCAGAGAGGACGAGUGCAGGCUGCUGUCCCCCAGUAGCCCAGAGAACCCUUCACCGAGGCUUCACUCUCCGUCUAUCCGCGCCCGGUUCCGGUUUACUCCACGCUCCGGCCGAAAACGUGACCUUUCGGACCUUUCGGACCCGGGUACUCGAGCAGCAAUGUCCCUGGAGCAUGUGGAGAAGGUCACCACUCCAUACGGAUUCUGCACUCUGGCUGCAAGCCCUCAUGUGAGGCGGCGAGAGUCCCUGUUUCAUAAGCGGACCCAGAGUGUAGGACAGGAGGGCAACUUCUCUUCAGUGACUCCUCUACGCUGCAACACCCCCAGCAAAGCCAGGCCCUGUCAAAAAACCUGCGGCUCUGCUCCCAGGCCUGAGAGAAAAGGACUGAAACUGCUUCUCAAAAGUCCACGGGCUGCCCUGAAGACCCUCACUCCCAGUGGGAUAAGAAAACAUGCGAGAAAAACGCAGGAGAAAGUCUAGAGGUGUGGAGUAUCCACUGGCUUUUACCUGCUAGGACUACUGCAUUUUGUGUAAUGGUUGCAUGCUACCAAUGCAGGGUUGUCCAGAUAUCCAGGCACAGGACUGCCUUCACCAGGAUUUUUUAAAUAUCCCAUGGUGAUGUAUGUCUCAGAUCCUAAAAGCUGUGUAACGUUCCUUACAACACUGUCUUAAUUCCCCUCAAUGUUUGUGACACAACAUACUGAGAGUGCAUCACAUGACCAUGUAAAUCUGUUUCUUUGACCUUAUUUACAGAAAAUAGUUGUGCUGGGUUAGUGGUGGAGCUUAAACUACCUCCCUUUAAAAGUGUAUUUACUUCUACCAGUCUCUUCCAACCAUUCAAACCCUUAAAUGAGCUCUGGCCUGCUUUUGUAAAACAAUGUUAGAAUAGUCAUGAUUUUAAAAUGUUUUCAUGUGCCUGCAAUAGGAAACAAAUGUGCUGCUCAAUUAAUUUCUGACCAUGU